GGGAAGGGGCGAUGCUGGAAGCCAUGGCGGAGCCCAGUCCCGAAGACCCGCCCCCGACCCUCAAGCCGGAGACCCAGCCGCCGGAGAAGCGCAGGAGAACCAUCGAGGACUUCAACAAGUUCUGUAGCUUCGUCCUGGCCUACGCCGGCUACAUCCCUCCCAGCAAAGAGGAAAGCGACUGGCCCGCCUCGGGCUCCAGCUCCCCGCUGCGCGGCGAGAGCGCGGCCGACAGCGACGGCUGGGACUCGGCGCCCUCGGACCUGCGCACCAUCCAGACGUUCGUCAAGAAAGCCAAGUCCUCCAAGCGCAGGGCCGCGCACACCGGCCCCGCCCCGCCCGGAGCCCCGCGCCCGGCCUUCCCGCGGCUGCAGGCGCCCGACAGCGCCUCCCUGCUCGAGAAGAUGAAGCUCAAGGACUCGCUCUUCGACCUCGACGGGCCCAAGGCGGCCUCCCCGCUCUCCCCGACGCACGCCGCCCGGCCCCCCGCCGCCCUCGGCCCCGCGCCCCUGGCCCAGGCGGACCUGCCCGCGCCCCCGCGCAAGAAGGACCGCAAGAACCGCAAGCUGGGGCCGGGCGCGGGCUUCGGGGCGCUCCGGAGACCCCGGCCGGCCCCCGGGGACGGGGAGAAGCGGUCGCGCAUCAAGAAGAGCAAGAAGCGGAAGUUGAAAAGGGCCGAGCGGGGCGACAGACUCCCGCCGCCUGGGCCUCCGCGCGCGCCCCCCAGCGACACGGACUCGGACGAGGACGACGACGACGAGGACGAGGACGACGACGAGGAGGACGCGGGGGCCGUGGCGGGCGCCGAAGCCCCGGUGCCCCUGCUGCCCGCGCCCCCCGAGGCGCCCAGACCGCCGCCCGCCGCGCACCCCGAAGGCGCCGCCCCGGCCGACGGCGACAGCAAGGAGGCGGGCAGCACCGAGACGAGCCAGGACGGGGACGCCAGCUCCAGCGAGGGCGAGAUGCGGGUCAUGGACGAGGACAUCAUGGUGGAGUCAGGCGAUGACUCGUGGGACCUCAUCACGUGCUACUGCCGGAAGCCCUUCGCCGGCCGGCCGAUGAUCGAGUGCAGCCUCUGCGGCACCUGGAUCCACCUGUCGUGCGCCAAGAUCAAGAAGACCAACGUCCCCGACUUCUUCUACUGCCAGAAGUGCAAGGAACUGCGGCCGGAGGCCCGGCGGCUAGCGGGGCUCCCCAAGUCGGGCGAGCCCUGA